UCCGCGUAAUGAAAGAAGUGGACUUAAGCACACAAGUUGGACGUCAGGAAUUUAUGUUAUUCAAUUAUUGGUUUCGGACCUCGGCCGGCGGCUAUUUGGUUUGAAAUACGAUCGGCCAUUGCGUCGGUGGCAGUGCCGCGUAACGGCGGGGAGCGUCCAGAAACGACCGGAGACCCGACCUGCCCGCAGCCUCAGCGACGGAGGCAAUGUACGAGGGUGGCAGCUGCUCGGACCUGGGGACGGCCGGCCCGCUGGACCUGAAGCGCGGCCAGCUCAUGUCCGGCCGGCUCAGCUCCUCCUCCUCCCACAACAUCAAGGAGGAGCUGACCUCCUCCGGCGCCGUAGAGUGGCCGGCCGGCUGCGGCUACCGGCUGCCCAGCUGGGGCGCCGCCGCCGCGCCCUUCGACCCCAUCAAGGGCGGCGUGGAGAGGGUCAAGGUGCCGGCGGCGGAGCUGGGCCGGGACAGGGCGGCGGCCUACUUCAGUCCGGGACUGUACCUGAGCCGGGACCCCCUCCAGCCGAGCGGCCCGCCGCAGAGGGACGCCGCCGACCAGGACAAGCGGAUCUCAGAGAAAACUCCAUUGCAGAAUUUGACACAAGCGGCAACACAGUUAGCAGAUCCUGCUUACAAGGCGGCAUGGGGAGCUCACACUUCUCAAGCACAAGCGUAUUCACACAACAGUCUCUCGAGCGUGGCCAAGUCGUCAUUGGAGGCGGGCCAUGCACAUCUCAGGCAACCAGACCCGUACCAGAUGUUCGGGGCGACCAGCAGUCGGCUGGCCAGCUCGGGUACCGGUCAGAUCCAGCUGUGGCAGUUCCUGCUGGAGCUGCUGUCAGACAGCGCCAACGCCGGUAUCAUCACCUGGGAAGGCACCAACGGCGAGUUCAAGCUCUCCGAUCCUGACGAAGUGGCCAGGAAGUGGGGAGAGCGGAAGAGCAAGCCGAAUAUGAACUACGACAAGCUCAGCCGCGCGCUCAGGUACUACUACGACAAGAACAUCAUGACCAAGGUGCAUGGCAAGCGGUACGCCUACAAGUUCGACUUCCACGGACUGGCGGCAGCCACCCAGCCGGCCGCCGAUCCUGCCGCCUACAAGUACCAGGGCGACUUCUUCAUGGGCUACCACAGCUCCUCAAAGCUGAACUUCAUGACUCCCCACACGCCGAUGCCGAGCAGCACGGGGAGCAUAUUCCCGUCGCCGUCGUCUUACUGGCCCAACCCGAGCGCCAACCUGUACUCCAACAUCGCCGCCGCCUCGGGCCACAUGACGUCACACCACCCCAGCCACAUGACGUCACACAUCUCGUCGUACCCGCACUAUGCGUGACAGACCCCCACCAAGUGGUGGAUAUGGAGCCCGCCUGACGAGCAUGGCGCGAGCGAGAAUUUCUGACGAGGGUGCUCCGACUGUUCCGAACAGCCAGAAAUGGCAGUGGUUUGAUUAUGUUUAGUUUAGUCAAUGUGUUAUUUAUUCUUUGUGUUCAUAUGUGAGUGUUGCAAUGCUUUGUUGCUAUUUAAUCAUUCAAGACUGUGCUGAUUUUACAUCAUUUUACAUAAUGCUCGAAUACUCCCGUUGGGAAUCAUUGUUUGAUCUCAAGAUAUCCGUCAGUUUAUUCCAGCAACCAUGUACAAGUGUAUAGUCGAUAUAUUUAAACAGGUCAGAAAUGGUACUGUGAUAAUGCCUGAAUACUCGUAAUAUGCAUAGCUAGUUUGGCGCUAGGGCCGAGCGAAUGUUCACAUCUGUAGCAAAUGUCGUUGAGCUCCGUGGUUUUGACAAAUUUCCGACUCGUGAACUUGUCGAAGUUGAUGUCAGUGAACAGGAUGGUUUAGUUGCAGCGUUGAUCCUUCGAAACCUAUGUGUAGGCGUUUAUUUUCAUCCCUCCUCAUGUUUAACCCGCGCACCGACGGGGGUCUGCGCCAACUUAGU